AUGGCGACCAUCACGCAGACCCUGCCCACCACGGCAGUUGAACUCCCCACUCUGGGCCAAACCUCCAAUGAAGAACGUCAGCGUAAUCCAAUUACUUCUUCAGCACCGGGGUCCAUCGUCGUCGACGAUGUGAUGCAGCAAUCGCUCAUUGCAGAUUCCCAAGUACCCGAUGGAGGGUACGGCUGGGUCCUCAUCUUUGCAUGUGCCGUCGUGACCUGGUGGUUUGUCGGCGCUUCUUAUACUUGGGGUGUCAUGCAAGCUGAACUCGUUGAUGUGAAGGGUUAUUCAUCAUCGACUCUGGCUUUUGUGGGAUCGUUGUGUCCGGCUUGUAUUUCGUUGCUUGCGGUGCCGAAUGCUACCGUUAUUCGGAAGAUUGGGGCGAGGAUUACGGCGUUGUUGGGUAUUUUCUUGCUCGGAUUGGGGAGUAUUCUGAGUGGAUUUGCCACUGAUAGUGUCGUGGGAUUGUUCAUGACGUGGGGGUUUGUUGGUGGACUUGGUACUAGUCUCUGUUUCAUGGUUGUCUCCGUGACACCAGCACAAUACUUCAAAGCCAAGCGCGGCAUCGCAAAUGGCAUCGUCUACGCUGGAGGAGGCCUCGGAGGAACAGUGAUCAGUUUCAUCUUAGACGCCCUCCUCCAAAGCGUCGGCAUAGCUUGGACCUUCCGCAUCCUCGGCUUCCUAAUCAUGGGCACUGGCCUUCCAGCCGCCUGGCUAAUUAAAGAACGCGCCCCUAUCAAACCCACCAAAAUGGUCGAAUGGAGCCUCUUCAAAGACGUCCGUUUCGCCGUCCUCUUCGCCGUCGGUGCUAUCGGUACAUUCCCCCUCUUCGUACCAGCUUUCUUCCUCCCGCUGUACACGAAUAGUCUGGGUCUACCAUCCAGCGCUGGCGCAGGUCUAGUUGCGGCAUUCAACUUCUCCUCUGCCAUUGGACGUCUGUCGUGUGGGUUUGCGUGUGAUAAGCUCGGCUCGUUGAACACGCUGUUUUUGUCGUUGUUGCUUAGUGCGUUGAGUAUUUUCGUGCUUUGGCCCGUGUCUAGUUCGAUUGGGCCGUUGAUUGCGUUUGUGAUUAUCAAUGGGUCUGCGAAUGGUGGGUUCUUUUCGACGAUGCCGACGGUUGUGGGCAAUGUGUUUGGUUCGGCGAGAGUGUCUGUUGCGGUGGGUAUGAUUGUUAGUGGGUGGCUUGGUGGAUAUCUCUUGGGUGCCCCCAUUGCUGGUUAUAUUCUCAAUGCCUCUGGUGGACAAGAAGGUGGUGUUGGUGCGUACAGACCAGCUAUUUUCUACGCUGGCUCGAUGGCAACGGCCGCUACGGUCUUGGCUGCUGUGGUUCGAAUCAAAGUAGACCGCAGGCUCAAGAAGACGGUAUAA